UUCAACACACAACUCGCUGACAAGCAAGCAGCAGCAGCAGCAGCAUAUCUUGCUCUCCUACUUUGUUUUGCCACACAACAAAGCUCUCUCGCAAGCAAAUGAAGCUGGGAGUCAUGAUGGGGAGGAGUUUGACAGAUCAAGUACUGGAUCAAACUUAAAUAGCUAAUAUCUUAAUUCAGCAUCCUGGAAAAAAGGUCACCUUGCCUUGCUGGAAAAAGAAGCACACAAUCUCAGCCUUGCAGCUCUGUGUUCGGUACCUUCUGUUUGCCUCUGUUCUACGUAGUUAGGCUAUCUGAUUACACAGACAAGGAUACUCAUGGUAGAUGACAAGGGAAAGAACAUGAAAUGUCUCACCUUCUUCUUGAUGCUUCCAGAGACAGUUAAGAACAGGUCCAAGAAAAGCUCCAAGAAGGCAAGCAGUAGCAGUGGUGGCAGCAGCAGCAAGUUACCUCCAGUUUGCUAUGAAAUCAUUACCUUGAAGACUAAAAAGAAGAAGAAGAUGGCUGCUGAUAUUUUCCCCCGAAAGAAGCCGGCGAACAGUAACACCACUGCUGUCCAGCAAUACCACCAGCAAAACAUCAAUAACAACAACAUCAUCCCAGCUCCAAACUGGCAAGGACUGUACCCCACCAUCCGAGAAAGAAAUGCAGUAAUGUUCAACAAUGACUUGAUGGCAGAUGUUCAUUUUGUGGUUGGUCCACCAGGUGGGACCCAGCGGUUGCCAGGACACAAAUAUGUCUUAGCUGUUGGAAGCUCUGUAUUCCAUGCAAUGUUUUAUGGAGAGCUUGCUGAGGACAAAGAUGAAAUCCGUAUACCAGAUGUGGAGCCUGCUGCUUUCCUCGCUAUGCUGAAAUACAUAUAUUGUGAUGAAAUUGACUUGGCUGCGGAUACAGUUCUGGCAACUCUUUACGCUGCCAAGAAGUACAUCGUUCCUCAUCUUGCCCGCGCAUGUGUUAACUUCCUAGAGACGAGUCUGAGUGCAAAAAACGCUUGUGUACUGCUCUCCCAGAGCUGCUUAUUUGAGGAACCAGACCUGACUGAGCGCUGCUGGGAAGUGAUUGAUGCCCAGGCAGAGCUGGCUUUGAAAUCAGAAGGGUUCUGUGACAUUGAUUUUCAAACACUCGAAAGCAUCCUCCAGAGGGAGACCCUGAAUGCCAAAGAAAUUGUGGUUUUUGAAGCUGCUCUCAGUUGGGCCGAAGUAGAGUGUCAACGCCAAGAGCUACCUGCCAGCAUAGAAAACAAACGCAAAGUCCUUGGGAAGGCGCUCUAUCUCAUCCGCAUCCCUACGAUGGCGCUUGAUGACUUUGCAAAUGGUGCUGCUCAGUCCGGCAUCCUGACACUCAAUGAAACAAACGAUAUCUUCCUUUGGUACACGGCUGCCAAAAAGCCAGAGCUGCAGUUUGUGAGCAAUGCCCGGAAAGGCCUUGUCCCGCAACGCUGCCACCGCUUCCAGUCUUGUGCUUAUCGCAGCAACCAGUGGCGCUACAGGGGCCGUUGUGACAGCAUACAGUUUGCUGUUGACAAGAGAGUGUUCAUUGCUGGCUUCGGGCUCUAUGGCUCCAGCUGUGGAUCGGCCGAAUACAGUGCCAAGAUUGAACUCAAACGGCAAGGCGUUAUCCUAGGGCAAAACUUGAGCAAGUACUUCUCUGACGGAUCUAGCAACACUUUCCCAGUGUGGUUUGAGUACCCUGUGCAGAUCGAACCAGAUACCUUUUACACAGCUAGUGUGAUUCUGGAUGGAAAUGAACUUAGCUAUUUUGGACAGGAAGGGAUGACAGAAGUUCAGUGUGGCAAAGUAACUGUGCAGUUCCAGUGCUCUUCAGACAGUACCAAUGGCACUGGGGUUCAGGGGGGGCAGAUUCCAGAACUUAUCUUUUAUGCCUGAAAGAAGAUGGGUUCCAGAACAUGGAGAGUGCUGUUCUAUGGUGUAUAUGUCUGGUCCAGCCCUGUUUGAUACUUACCUUGCUGUCUGCAAAUAUGUGAUCAGUACAGGUAAUAUGUUCCUGAUUGCAGUGAACAGCUUAAUGCUUGCUGUACUUUUGUAGCCUAAGUGUAAAAUUCUUUUUACUGGGAGCUCCCAGGAACAAGCAAAUGAGCAAAUUAUAAAAGUCAAGAGUUUCACAGCCUUA